UGGGAGCUGUUCUGUAGUAAAGAUGCUGCCCAAAAUAUUGCUGGUUUUCUUAGCAGUGGUAGCCCCUGCUGUCAUGGCUGGCACACCUAGGAAGCCUAUAGAUGUGCCAUUCCAAAAGAACUAUGUUCCCUCAUGGGCUGCUGAUCAUAUAAAGUACAUUAAUGGUGGGAAGCAGGUCACACUUUCUCUGGACAAAUCAACAGGUACUGGAUUCCAAUCUAAGGGCACAUACUUGUUUGGGCACUUCAGUAUGCAUAUAAAGAUGGUUCCUGGUGACUCUGCAGGCACUGUCGCUGCUUUUUAUCUGUCAUCACAGAACUCAGAGCAUGAUGAGAUAGACUUUGAGUUCUUAGGCAACAGGUCUGGACAGCCAUAUAUUCUUCAAACCAAUGUCUAUAGUGGAGGAAAAGGAGACAGAGAACAGCGUAUUUACCUCUGGUUUGAUCCCACCAAAGAUUUCCAUUCCUACUCUGUUCUCUGGAACAUGCAUCAGAUUGUAUUCUUAGUAGAUGAUGUUCCAAUUAGAGUUUUCAAGAACAGCAAGGACUUGGGAGUAAGAUAUCCAUUCAGUCAGCCCAUGAAGAUCUACUCAAGCUUGUGGAAUGCAGAUGACUGGGCCACAAGAGGAGGACUUGAGAAGACUGACUGGAGCAGAGCACCAUUUGUUGCAGCAUACAAGGGAUUCCACAUUGAUGGGUGUGAAGCAUCUGCUCCUCAUUCACUGUGUCCAACACUGGGCAGGAGAUGGUGGGAUCAGAAAGAAUUUGAUGAUUUGGAUGGAUUGCAAUGGAGAAGGCUGAGAUGGGUGAGGAACAAAUAUACCAUCUACAACUAUUGUAAUGACAGAGUGAGAUAUCCAAACAUGCCUCCUGAGUGUCGUAGAGACAGGGACAUCUAGUAUGAUGAAUUGUUUUAUGCAUAUUGAUAUGAACAUACUGCUUGAUCCAUUAUUGUCUACAAU